GAGCGAACAUAAUACUCUGACCACGUAGCUAGUGUCAGCUGCAGCAGAGCAUCAAGGUUUGUGACAAAUAGCUGCAAUAAACGAAUUCACGGCCUCCAAGCUGUAGCUAACGGGCCGCGGAAAAUGGCGAGGUACCUGAGGCCUCCUAACACGUCUCUUUUCGUUAGAAACAUCGCCGACGAGUCCAGAAUGGUAAAGAUACAGUUCUGGAGACCCCACACCAAAGAAAGUUGAAAGGCGGUUGUAGAGUAGAUUCAAGCCAAAGACACCCAGGCGACAAGCAAUAGUGGAAUUUGGAAAAUAAAGAGAAAGCGAAAGCAUGAAGAUACAAAGAGGACAAAAAAGAGAGCACCCAGGCUUCCAUUUGUCUGCCAAAGGGAGGAAAAGUGUUUAUUGGGCAAAGACAAGCAGGAAACCUCAAGUUCUUCUGCCAAGACAGUAAAGAUCAAGCUGAAGGUCAAAGGUCAAGCAUGUUAAAGGGCCUUAACAAAUCCAGCAUGUUUGAAGAUGUCCGGGAUGCAGAAGACGCUCUUCACAACCUUGAUCGUAAAUGGGUCUGCGGGCGCCAGAUCGAGAUCCAGUUCGCCCAGGGAGACCGCAAGACCCCAAACCAGAUGAAGGCCAAGGAGCGCCAUUCCCCUCGCAGCUUCUCCCGCUACGAUGACGAACGGGAUGGCCGCAGAAGACGCUCCCGGAGCCGGAGUUACGACCGCCGCAGGUCCCGGAGCCCCUCUUUUGAGCGACGCCCUCGGAGAUCUGAAAGCCCCAGAGAGUCGAGGUCCUACAGUCGACAUCGACGGAGCAGAAGCCACGAAAAUGACAAGUACAAAGCUCCGACCCGCGACCACCACAGGACACACCACGAACCAGGUUCACGUAGUCGUUCCACUUCCCGCUCCCCUUCACCAUCCAGAUCAAGACCCAAAGGCAAAAAGAGCCCGUCCCGGUCACACAGCCCGGCCGAAGACUUCCACCCGACCUCCAGCUCUCAAAAACAGCCCGUGGGGAGAUCUCCAUCCCGUUCCUACUCUAGAUCCAUGUCUCGGUCACGCUCUCGCUCCAGGUCCUGGGCUGGACGCAAGUCUGGAGGCCACUGACUCGCUUGUUCCCCCCCCAAGCGCUCCGUUUGUGUCUGUCUAAGGAUGUUUCUGUAUAACUUUCGACUAUAACUACAGUGUAUUGCUCACUGCUUGCAUUUAUCACCUCAUUAAGGAGGAAUCUGUUGCCAAGGGAAUGAGAGCAGCAAGAGCUAAGAAUUUUUUUUAAACGUGGUGUAAAAGGUUUUUCUGAAAUGAAUCGUUGAAGCACAGUUGAUACCAGGAAGUGAGGGAAACUCUCCCUCAUUUCAGGGUUAACAGAUUUUUCACUAAACCUGCUUUGUGAAACAGACACCAGAGGAUUUUUUUUUUGUACAUCUGCAACGUUGGGUGCUGAAAGACAAUAACAGUAGCUUUGGCUUUACCAAUGAUAUUUUUGUAUUUUAAGUUACAUUCAUAACAUGUCAUGUGUCUCAGUUUGGUUCUAGUGUAUUAUGUAAACAAAUAUUAAAGUAAUAAGCUUAAGUCCCUAACUUACCAGUAUUUACUACAUGCCCUGGCCUUAUGUGCUUGGUUUCAGCAGGUUAACAGUACACUAGAGUAGCUGUAAUUACUGUGGCUAUGGGUGAUAUACUGAAUGUAGUUAGUUGGUUCCCAAGAUGAUUACCAGUAUUUUGUUUGUGAGAAUGUGUUCGAGAUGAACGGCAAUCAAUUUACAUGUCCUUUGUUUAGUGAGUGAAACCAAGUCCAGGUCACCCUCAGUAAUGUUACCUUUGUUUAACUGUUUUCCUUUGUCAAUAAAGAAAGAAGUUCUCACCAUGUUGUUAUUUUUAAAAUUAACACCUAAAGCAUACUCUGACUUUGGUAACAUAGCAAUGAUCAUUAUAACAGUUGCUCUGAGCACCAACACGUAUUCAAACACAGACAAGAAGUAGGGGGGAAGGGGAAGGGAUUUAUUUUUCUUUUUUUUUUUGUAAAACUUUGUCAUCAAUUCAUAGAAUGUAUUCUUAUACAUAUAUAUUUUUUAAAUACCAAUUCAUACCAAUUUUAAACAGGGCACAUUUCUUAAUAUUCGGUGACAUAUCAGAGGGACAAAUUAACAGCCAAUUUUUAAGAGUUUCAAAUUUAGAACGAGGAGACUUUGCCAUGCACGACUCAAUCUGGGCAAGAAAGAAAGAAAGAAAGGUUUACA